AUGGGCUCCCUUCCCCCGCCAUACCUCCGCCAUUCCGCCGCCGCCCCGCCUCUACCUUCUUCCGCCAUCCCUCCGCGAUUUCAUAUCCGCACACUCUCGCUCUCGCGCGUCCUCUCCGCGCCUUCAUCCCGCCUAUCACAGGAAAGCGCCCCCCGCCUCACCUCAGAGGGUGCAGCGGCAGGAGCGGUUUUAUCAUCCCCUUCAUCCCCUCCGCACUUCCCCACUCUCCCCUCACCUUCCCCCACCUCAUUGGCCCUUGCACGGCAGUGGGUGUGGGAUGAUUGGGGCGGCUGCAAUCCCGCGCUAACCUCUUGGCCCUUUCGCCCCCCUCCUUUCGCCCCCCUCCUUUCGCCCCCCUCCUUUCGCCCCCCUCCUUUCGCCCCCCUCCUUUCGCCCCCCUCCUUUCGCCCCCUUCCUUUCGCCCCCCUCCUUUCGCCCCCCUCCUUUCGCCCCUCUCCUUUCGCCCCCCUCCUUUCGCCCCCCUCCUUUCGCCCCCCUCCUUUUGCCCUCCUCUCCCCCUUCUCUCCCACUUCCUCCGUCCCAGCCCAUCUCCCCCAAGUGGCUGCCCAUGUAUUGGUGGCUUGCGUCCCUCCCCCCAAGCACACGGAAUCUUGCCCCAUGGGAGGUGCGGCAGUGGGUGCAGCAGGACCAAUCUCCCCCAAGUGGCUGCCCAUGUAUCGGUGGCUUGCCUCCCUUCCCCCAACCACACCCACCCUUGCCGCAUGGGAGGUGCGGCAGUGGGUGCAGCAGGAGUGGGGGCGAUUACCCCUAGAGCUCAGACGCACUCCCAUGCAGCGUAUAGUGCAGUACACUGUUACCGCUUUCCACCGCAUUAAACACCAGGGGGGGCUGGGGGUUGUGGGUGAGGGGAUGGUGCAAGGAGAGGGGUCGGUGGGGGGAGAGGAGGGGGAGGAGGAUGUGGUGGGAGAUGGUGAUGGGAUGGGGAGGGAGGCAGGGAGGGGGAGAGAUGGAGGGAGGAGGGACAGAGGGAGUGGGGGAGACAGAGGGAUGGGGAGAAGGGCAGAGAGGAGAAGAGGAGCAGGGGUUGGAGCCGAGGGUGUGGACUAUGAUGAGUGUCGGAGCAGUGGGGAGAGAGGAGAUGGGGAGGAGGGGGACGAGGAGGGGGACGAGGAUGGGGAAGGAGAGGAGGUGGGAGAAGAGCGGAGGGGAGGAGAGGGAGACGCUGGGAGGCGCAGGAGGCGGGGAGGAAGAAUGGCGACAUACACAGAGCAUCCCAUGAAAAAGCAGAGGGCAGUGGAAGCAGCGGUGGGAGGGGAGGCAGCAGAGGCAAAGGAGGUGGGGCGCUUGGUGCAGCAGCAGCACUGCGCUCUCGUGAACCACUUCAACAGUCGUCCGAAAGAUAAGGCAUUCACUGCCGUCGUUUGGAGGCACAUGCGUGGGCGCGGUGGUGGGGGGAGGGGAAGCAGCAGAGGCGCAGUGCAGGAGGUGGGGCGGUUGGUGCAGCAGCAGCACUGCGCUCUCGUGAACCACUUCAGCAGCCUCGUAUUGCUGCAGCACCACCUGUUGCUGCUGCAGGAAUGCAGCGUGGAGAGAACAGACAGCAAGAGGCUGGGUCAAGGGUAUAGGGGCCGGGAGGAGGGUAAGGGGAAGAGGGAGGAAGAGGGCAGAGGGGAGGAGCAGCAAGAGGGUAAGGGGAGCGAGGAGCAGCAGAGUGUGGGGCAGGGGGGGCAAGAGGGUAAGGGACAGGAGGACCAGAAUGGAGAAGGGAAGAGGGGUGGUGAGGGAGGGGAUUGUGAGAAGCAGACAAGUGCUGGGGGGAGGAGCAGCGAUGGAGGUUCCAGGGAGGUGUGUGGGGGUGGAGGGAGAGGCAGGCGAGGAGGUGGGGAGAUGGCUGGGGGCAACUUGGGAGGGCAGGAAGGUACAAUGGAGGGGUGUGAAAAGGAAGCAGCGUUGGGUGAGGACGAGAAUGAGGAGGAGGUGAAGCAGGGAAGGAGGGAGGGGAUACGGAAUGGAGGGACAGAGCAUGCAGGGGAACGUAUGGGCAGCAGCGCAGUAGGGGGCAUGGGGAGGGGUGUGGGGGAUGGGGGUGUGAGUGCGGCAGUGAGGGCGAGGGAGUGUGGGCGGGGGUACAGGAGACUGGCUGGGUGGGGGGAGAGCGGAGGGGCGGAAAGCAGAGGGAGAUGGAUGCGAGCUAAGAGCGCCCAGGGCUACUCGUCUGUUUGGACAGGAUGGGGAUCACUGGACAACCCACGUAGAGGCCUGGGUUCGGUCCUCUGCCAAUCACGUGGUGACACGUGGCGGCCUACCUGGGCCAGUUACACCUCCCAUGCUGCUGACGCGCCCACCACUAACAUCAGCGAUCUGGCAGUGCAGAAGGUAUUGGAUGCGCGCUUCCAUCCGAGGGGCCAGCCUCAGCUUGUCAUUGGCUGCAACGAGGCCCCGAACGAGUUGCUCCUCUUCGACCUCUCCUCCGGCUCCCACCGCCCCCUGCAAGGCCACGCCUGUCAGAUCCAGGCGGUGGAGUGUGCCAUGGAUGAUCACGCCAUCAUCUUCCCCAUUGCUCUCUUGCCAUGUAUCGUCACUGCCAUCCAGGCGGUGGAGUACGCCAUGGAUGGUGAGAUCAUCCUCUCCUGUGGGGGCUGUACACUCAAGGUGAGAGAGGACUUGCCUUUUAAUGCCAUGCACUGCCAUGCCAUGCCCUGCCAUGCCCUUGCCAUGUCAUUGCCAUGCCCUGCCAUGCCCUUGCCAUGCCCUUGCCAUGCCCUUGCCAUGCCCUGCCAUGCCCUUGCCAUGCCCUUGCCAUGCCCUUGCCAUGCCCUUGCCAUGCCCUGCCAUGCCCUUGCCAUGCCCUUACCAUGCCCUGCCAUGCCCUGCCAUGCACUUGCCAUGCCCUUGCCAUGCCCUGCCAUGCCCUUGCCAUGCCCUUGCCAUGCCCUUGCCAUGCCCUUGCCAUGCCCUUGCCAUGCCCUUGCCAUGCCCUUGCCAUGCCCUUGCCAUGCCCUUGCCAUGCCCUGCCAUGCCCUUGCCAUGCCCUGCCAUGCCCUUGCCAUGCCCUUGCCAUGCCCUGCCAUGCCCUUGCCAUGCCCUUGCCAUGCCCUUGCCAUGCCCUUGCCAUGCCCUUGCCAUGCCCUUGCCAUGCCCUUGCCAUGCCCUUGCCAUGCCCUUGCCAUGCCCUUGCCAUGCCCUUGCCAUGCCCUUGCCAUGCCCUUGCCAUGGUGGCUGGCUUGA